AUGUGUCCAUUGUUUACUUUUCAAGUGUUGCUGUUCACUGCUGUUGUGCAUAAGGUUUCUGUCGCCGUAUUCCAAAUUUUGACUUAAUUCAAAGAAACAGAAAUCUGUGACAAUGAGUGUAGGUGUAUUCGAUCCAGAUAUGCUUUACGAUAAUCCACUGUUGCAAAAGUCGCAACUAGGAAAACCUUUAAAGCGAGGGUUCACCUUGCCAUCUGAAGAUUUCACAUUUGGCCGGCCAAAUCAAACCAAAGAUGGUGGCGCUUCGGAGGCUAUAACAGGCUGGACUAAAUUGGCAGCUAUACCUCUUGGAAAAGGAAGAAAUGAGAAGAAACAAGAACGAGACUUUGUUGCCUUGAAUAAAGCAUGUGUAAGUGCUGGCCUUAUCACGGCACAAGAACAUUUUCAGUACAGAGCAACCCAUGACGUCAGGAGACGGGUCUCGGAGGAGGAGAAGAAUAAAACAAAGAUUAGAAGAAUACCGCCAACAGCAGUAUAUGGAGUCCCAACAAGACCAUCCACUCCUGUUUUUGAUUUGCUUGAACAUAAAUACCAAGACAGGUGGUUACAAGAGCGAAGAAAAACAGAAUUAGCAAAACGAGAACGUGAUCAAGAAAAGGAAACCGCACAGAAAGGAAUUUAUGAAACUAGGGCUUCACUGCUGCGCAAAUACUGUCCACCGGUUGAUGGUGAGCCCCUUUGGCACAUGCCAAGAUUCCGUAAGACAUCACCCCACCUCGAAACCUUCCGAUCACCUGAAGCAAAAUCGAAGUCGUUCAAGCAUCAUGCUUCUGAUUGUACAGCAAGGACCGGCGUUUUUGGACACGGAAUCUAUGAAAGUGCAAAGUCCUAAAACUAUCUUACUUUGUGGUUGAUCUCUAUUGUAUAUAUAAUAAACCGAGGAUUCACUUUAAGACUGAUAAAAAAAAAUGUAAAUUAAUACAAUUUUAAAACUGCAUAGGGAAAUACAAUACUGUAGUAGGAAAUUAAAGAAUAUUGAUAAAAUAUGCUAUUUUCCAAUUAUUUAUUGGUCUCUAUUGAUCUUAAAAGAUGUUUUAGGUAUUUUGUACUACUGUAUCAUAAAUUACUAACUGUAUAUUUUUUAAUAUGUUAUCAUUUUCUCAAAAUACUAUUUUUAUGUAAAGGUAUUACUUGUAGCAGAUUUUUUUAUUCAUUCAAACAGUUCAUCCUUUCCAAAGCGUCCCAUCGUGGUUGUGCUACCAAUCGGUGCAAACAUCUGGUUAAACGUUCCACAAACUGUGGGUCUUAACCUACUAGUGGGUCACCAAAAUAUUUUGGUGGGUUUUGAAUCCUUGACAGAAAUCACCAAAAUCAUCUAUCUCAAUUAUGUUGCUAAAUAUUGUAAUAGGCAUAAAGAUAAUUUGAAACAUAUUAUUUUGUAAAAUAAAUUAAGCUAUCAAUCUGCACACAAGUUAUUUGCCAUGAUACAACAAAGUACAAUGGGGCUACAAUCAUCAUUUCAUUAUUCAUUAUAAUUUUGUCGUAAUACUUAUUUUUGUACAACCACCGAUUAAGUAUGUCCUAGGAUUUGUUUUUGAAGGGAUUUCAGCAUUGCUGAUCUUGGCCAAAUAAUCAUGCAUGUCUUCAUCCACAUUUAUAUGACUUUCGUAAAGCUAAAGUGUUUUAUUGUAAGCAUGAGGGAUCCUAUUUUCAGCUUUGUAGACUAGAAAACAAGAACUGAAUGGUUUAGAUGACUUUCAAAAUUGAGAAGCCAUAUCUGUGCUAAUGGUAAGAGCUAGAGCUGUUUCUGUACAGCCAAACCUAAAACAUAACUUAAUUAUAGUUGCAAGCAACACUUUCACCACCUGUUUUUUAAAGAACAUUUUACGGUGCUCAAGAAACUUUUCUUCCUAUAAUAACAAAAAAGAUAGUUUUCCAAAUGCUUCGGUAUAUUUUUCCAUUUCCAGCUCUUCAUCAUUGUAAAUAACAAUAAACCAUGCAAAAUGAAAGGUUACUA